AUGCUGAGCGUGCUGCGUGUGCACCUCCCUUCUGAUAUUCCCAUUGUAGGCUGUGAGCUUACGCCUUACGUGCUCCUACGCCGACCUGACAAGACCGUUACCACCGACGAUGUCCCCGAAGGCGCCCCGUUAGACGGCCAUUUCUUGCGCUACAAGUGGUACCGUGUACAGAGUGAUAAAAAGGUUGCCGUUUGUAGUGUACAUCCAUCUGAGCAGGCCACACUGCAGUGCCUUGGUUGUCUAAAGGCUAAAAUACCUGUUGCCAAAAGUUACCACUGCACUCCAAAGUGUUUUUCAGACGCAUGGCAGCAUCAUCGUGUCUUACAUGACCGUGCUGCAAGUGCAAGUAAUGAAAAUGGAAAUGAGGAAGAAGAGUUAUUUGGGCGAUUUAAUAAUUCUGGAUCAAUCAAUACCACCAUAUCUGCCUCUGCAUCUAGUGCUAGCUUGACAAAUGGGUCUGCACCUGUGUAUCCAGCAGCCAUUACACAACGAAGUGGUGGUGAAACUUGGUUUGAAGUAGGACGAUUUAAGACGUAUACUCCAACAGCUGAUGACAUUGGUCAUGUCCUUAAAUUUGAGUGUGCUGUAGUUGAUGCAGAGACCAAACUUACUGUAGGGCAUACUAGCACUCUACUAACUUCCCGCGUCAUUCCUGCCCCUUCACCUAGCCCACGCCGACAAAUAUCUGUCGAUGGGAUGGGACAUUUGGAUGCUGAUGGGCGUAUGACAUCUUCAGAAUCUUUUACUGUUCUAUCAUACAACAUAUUGUCUGAUGCAUAUGCCUCAAAUGAUCUAUACAGUUACUGCCCUUCAUGGGCUCUUUCCUGGCCAUAUCGCAGGCAAAAUUUGUUACGAGAAAUAGUUGGUUACCGUGCUGAUAUUAUUUGUCUUCAGGAGGUUCAAAGUGAUCACUAUGAAGAAUUUUUUUCUCCUGAACUGGACAAACAUGGCUAUUAUGGUCUUUACAAAAGGAAAACAAUUGAGGUAUACAGUGGCAACAUUAAUACAAUUGAUGGGUGUGCAACAUUUUUCCGUAGAGACAGGUUUUCACAUGUGAAAAAAUAUGAGGUUGAAUUCAAUAAGGCUGCACAGUCUUUAACAGAUGCUGUGAUUCCAACCACUCAGAAGAAAACUGCCUUGAAUAGACUAGUUAAGGAUAAUGUUGCACUGAUAGUCGUUUUAGAAGCAAAAGUUAACAAUCAGCCUGUUGAUAAUCCUGGGAAAAGACAGCUUCUUUGUGUGGCAAAUACGCAUGUAAACGUUCACCAAGAUUUAAAGGAUGUCAAACUCUGGCAGGUGCACACUCUUUUGAAAGGAUUGGAGAAAAUUGCUGCAAGUGCAGACAUUCCAAUGUUGGUUUGUGGGGACUUUAAUUCAGUUCCAGGAAGUGCUCCUCAUGCACUUCUUGCAAUGGGAAAGGUAGAUCCAUCACAUCCUGAUUUAGCAGUUGACCCACUUAAUAUAUUGCGUCCUCACAGCAAGUUGGUGCACCAGUUGCCACUGGUCAGUGCUUAUUCGUCCUUUGCAAGAACAGUUGGUCUUGGAUUUGAGCAGCAUAAACGGAGACUAGACAAUACAACUAAUGAACCUUUAUUCACAAAUGUAACCAGAGAUUUUAUUGGCUCUCUAGAUUACAUAUUUUACACAGCGGAUUCAUUGGUUGUGGAGUCAUUGUUGGAGCUAUUGGACGAGGAGAGUUUGCGGAAAGACACAGCGCUUCCUUCACCUGAAUGGUCCUCUGAUCAUAUAGCAAUGUUAGCUGAGUUUCGAUGCUGCAAGAAUAGAUCUAGGCGAUGA